ACACCAAGUCGUGAAUUUUUGAACAAAGAUAUGGAACGUGGAGGCUUCCAUGGCUACCGCAAGUUAUCCCUCAGCACCACCACUCCUCCUGCACCAGUGGAUUUAAAAGCUUGUCAAUCCUGUAAACCACUGUGCCAACGGCGCAUGCAGACGUCAUAGAAGCUCAAACUUUAGCAAUGAAAACAGCUAACAUAACCAUUAUGCACUAAAACUCCUUUUUUUCUUGUUUUUGUUGGGAAUUACCAGCGAAUUUUCUCAUGGCAGAGGGCAGUAUGCGUCCCCCAGAAUUCAACCAGCCUAACAAAACUAGCAAUGGUGGUGAAGAGGAGUGCACGGUGAGGGAGCAAGACAGGUUCAUGCCUAUUGCCAACGUGAUACGGAUCAUGCGGAGGAUCUUACCUGCUCACGCCAAGAUCUCAGACGACUCAAAGGAGACUAUCCAAGAGUGUGUCUCGGAGUACAUCAGCUUCAUAACAGGGGAGGCUAAUGAGCGGUGUCAGCGGGAACAGCGCAAGACCAUCACUGCUGAGGACGUCUUGUGGGCAAUGAGCAAGCUCGGUUUUGAUGACUACAUCGAACCCCUCACGCUGUACCUCCACCGUUACAGAGAGUUGGAGGGUGAAAGAGGGGUUAGCUGCAGUGCUGGAUCUGUAAGUAUGACCAAUGGCAUGGUGGUCAAAAGACCUAAUGGGACCAUGGCUGAUUAUGGAAACUACGGGCCUGUGCCAGGGAUUCAGAUGGCGCAGUAUCAUUAUCGUCAUCAGAACGGGUUUGUUUUCAGUGGCAACGAACCUAAUUCUAAGAUGAGCGGUUCAUCUUCAGCAGCAGGUGGCGCCAGGGUUGAACUAUUUCCGACUCAGCAACAUAAGUACUAAGAACAAUGGCUAAUAAAGUAGACAGCUGACAGAGCGUGAGUCAUAACUGUUAGUAGGCGUAAGUUUUAUGGUUUUUCUUUGUUUGUCAUCUGGUUGAAAGAACAUUAUGUUUUUCAUCAGAUCUGUCUUGUGGUCAAGUGUGUCAAUAAAGCACUAGGUUUCCAAA